AUGAAACUCAUGAAGAUCCUCAAGACUAAAAGGAAAGACUUGAAGAGCAAUCAAACAACCAAAAUAACAAAAGAGUAUGAGUUUCUUGUCCAAGAGCAACACGCUACUUCUCCAACUAGGGUUAGAUGUGCACUUCCUGCUGUGAUAAGCGGCGAUCUACCUUCUUACUUUGUGCGGGUUCUGAUUCCGUGUUCUAGUAUUCUACUGACCAACCUGCUGCCCAGAAGAAGAGCUUUCAAGGAUGAAGCAAAGUUUAUCGACGAUAUAGUUAAAGAAGUUGGGAAAAUGUUGUCUGUUUCAUACUUGCCUUUACCAACAUAUGCUGUUGGUGUUAGAUCACGUUUACACCUUAUGAAUGAGCUAAUGUGCUUUGGGUCGGAUGAUGUCCAAGUCAUUGGGAUCAGCGGAAUGGGUGGGAUUGGUAAAACAACGCUGGCCAAGGCUGCAUUUAAUAAAUUCUCAGAUCGUUUUGAAGGAACAAGUUUCCUAGAAAACUUUGGAGAUUGCUCCAAGAAACCUGAAGGGAAGGUUCAUCUUCAGCGAAAACUUCUUUCUGAUAUCUUAAAAAGGGAUGACAUAGUGUUCAACUUGGAAGACGCCAUGGAAAAAAGAUUCCGCAAUAAAAGAGUAUUGGUUGUUAUUGAUGACCUUGAAGACAUUACUCAACUUAACUCAGUCGCAAUAGAUUUGAGCUGCUUUGGUCCAGGAAGCAGAAUCAUCGUUACAAGCAGGAACACGCAUUUGUUAAGGCAGCUCGGAGCAAAAAAUAUAUAUUCACCGAAAGAACUUGAUAAUGGUGAAUCCCUUGAGCUCCUCAGUUGGCAUGCCUUCAGAGCAUGUGAGCCUCCUGAAGCGUUUCGACAGCUCUCAGAAAAGUUGGUUGAAUACUGUGGAGGACUACCCUUGGCUAUGGAAGUCUUGGGUGCGUUCCUCUUCAAGAGAAGCAUUUCAGAGUGGGAAACCACGUUGCAAACUCUGAAGAAUAUACCCGAAGAUAACAUUCAAGCAAAGCUUAAGAUCAGCUUUGAUGGGCUAAGUCAAGUGCAGAAAGAGAUAUUCUUGGAUCUUUGUUGCUUCUUUAUAGGGAUGGAGAAAGACUAUGUAAGUUGCAUAUUGGAUGGAUGCAAAUUAUAUCCUGAGAUAGGACUCAAUGUACUAAAGGAGAGGUGCCUCAUUACAUUCCGGGAUAACAAGAUAGUGACACAUAACUUAUUACGAGACAUGGGAAGAGAUAUUGUCCGGGAAACAUCACGGAACAACUGUGAAAACUGGAGUAGAUUGUGGGAUCCUGAUGAUGCUCUUGCUGUAUUGGCAAAUUAUAAUGGAACUGAUGCAACUGAAGGACUCAGCCUGAAGGUCGAAGAUCCGGCUACUAGGAUCUUAGAGGGUUGGGCUGUGAGUGCCAAUGGAGGAAUAUUUAUCCCAGGAUGCAGCCUUCCAGACUGGGUGAGCUUCAAGAAUGAGACCAAUUCAAUCACUUUUACGGUGCCUGAAACUCAGGACCUUGAUCCGGUUGGCUUUACCGUGUGGACACCAUAUAUGAGUCAGCAAAACAACGUGAUGUCUGAAUAUUCUCCAAAGAUCACACUGAAGAAUCAAACCAAAGGAACCGUAUGGAGUCGCAAGCCAGCCACAGAUCACAUUCGUUUGUAUCGUGAAAGACACAUCUGGCAAGGACACUUUUUAAGUGAAGAUUUAAACUUAGAAACCGGCGAUCGAGUAGAAGUAGCUGUGGAUUUUGGAGAUCAACUCACCAUUCUUGGGACAGCACUAAGUCUUGCUUACAAUGUUCAUGAUCAAGCAGUGGCUGGAGUUUCUUCUGAGAUGAAAUCAAAAUUCCAUCUACGUAGCAGGCUAUAA